GAGGAUCGGAGUGGGGGGGCCCGGGAGCGCCCUCGGGGGCGCCGCCCUGCAACUCGAGCCGAGGCCGCGGGUUAAAAAUACCCCCGGCCCGGCGGGCGCGGCCUCCCCGCGGUGCCCUCGCGUCCCCGUCGCGCGCCGCCCCUCCCCGGGGACAGCGCUGCCUCCGGCUAAUUUGUCCCCGCUGGAGCUGGCGGCCGGCCCGCCGAGGGAGGGCCGGGGACACUCGGGGAGUCGGAGCAGAGGGUGCCCGAGAUAAGGGAGCGCCGAGGAAGCGGCGGCGACGGCAGCGGCGGCGGAGGAGGAGGAGGAGGAGGAGCGCGGGGAGGAGGGCGGGGAGCUGCGCGCUUCCUGGUUGGGCCCUUCCCGGAGCUGCCACCGGGGACGCCAGCGCAGGACGCAGCGGCCCCCCAACACUCCUCCCCCAGGAUGGCAGAGGAGAUCAUCCAGCCCGUGUACUGCACGGGGGUGUCGGCGCAAGUGCAGAAGCAGCGGGCCAAGGACCUGGGCCUGGGCCGCCAUGAAAACGCCAUCAAGUACCUGGGCCAGGAUUUCGAGCAGCUGCGGGCCCAGUGCCUGCAGAGCGGGGCCCUCUUCCGAGACGAUGCCUUCCCCCCCAUAGCCCAGAGCCUGGGCUUCAAGGAGCUGGGCCCCAACUCCUCCAAAACCUAUGGCAUCCGGUGGAAGCGCCCCACGGAGAUGCUGUCGAACCCACAGUUCAUCGUGGAUGGAGCCACCCGCACGGACAUCUGCCAGGGGGCGCUGGGGGACUGCUGGCUCCUGGCUGCCAUCGCCUCCCUGACCCUCAAUGACACUCUCCUGCACCGGGUGGUCCCGCAUGGCCAGAGUUUCCAGGAUGGCUAUGCUGGAAUCUUCCACUUUCAGCUGUGGCAGUUCGGGGAGUGGGUGGAUGUGGUGGUGGAUGACCUGCUGCCCACCAAGGACGGGAAGCUCGUGUUCGUGCACUCGGCGCAGGGCAACGAGUUCUGGAGCGCCCUGCUGGAGAAGGCCUAUGCCAAAGUGAACGGCAGCUACGAGGCCCUGUCGGGGGGCAGCACCUCGGAGGGCUUCGAGGACUUCACCGGGGGCGUGACCGAGUGGUAUGAGCUGCGCAAGGCGCCCAGCGACCUCUACCAGAUCAUCCUCAAGGCCCUGGAGAGAGGCUCCCUGCUGGGCUGCUCCAUCGACAUCUCCAGCGUCCUGGACAUGGAGGCCGUCACCUUCAAGAAGCUGGUGAAAGGCCAUGCCUACUCAGUGACUGGGGCCAAGCAGGUGAACUACCAGGGCCAGAUGGUGAGCCUGAUCCGGAUGCGGAACCCCUGGGGUGAGGUGGAGUGGACCGGAGCCUGGAGUGACGGCUCCAUGGAGUGGAACAAUGUGGACCCUUACGAGCGGGACCAGCUCCGGAUCAAGAUGGAAGAUGGGGAGUUCUGGAUGUCCUUCCGGGACUUCAUGCGGGAGUUCACGCGCCUGGAAAUCUGCAACCUGACGCCCGACGCGCUCAAGAGCCGCAGCAUCCGCAAGUGGAACACGACCCUGUACGAGGGCACGUGGCGGCGGGGCAGCACCGCGGGCGGCUGCCGCAACUACCCGGCCACCUUCUGGGUGAACCCUCAGUUUAAGAUCCGGCUGGAGGAGGUGGAUGACCCCGAUGAUGACUGCGGGGGACGCGAGGACGGCUGCAGCUUCGUCCUGGCGCUCAUGCAGAAGCACAAGCGCCGCGAGCGCCGCUACGGCCGCGACAUGGAGACCAUUGGCUUCGCCGUCUACGAGGUCCCUCCGGAGCUGGUGGGCCGGCCCGUGCACUUGAAGCGCGACUUCUUCCUGGCCAACUCGUCCCGGGCGCGCUCGGAGCAGUUCAUCAACCUGCGGGAGGUGAGCACGCGCUUCCGCCUGCCACCCGGCGAGUACGUGGUGGUGCCAUCCACGUUCGAGCCCAACAAGGAGGGCGACUUCGUGCUCCGCUUCUUCUCGGAGAAGAGCGCCGGCACCCAGGAGCUGGACGACCAGAUCCAGGCCAAUCUCCCCGAUGAGCGUGUCCUCUCGGAAGAGGAGAUCGACGACAACUUCAAGACCCUCUUCCGACAGCUGGCCGGGGAGGACCUGGAGAUCAGCGUUAAGGAGCUUCGGACCAUCCUCAACAGAAUCAUCAGCAAACACAAAGACCUGCGCACCAAGGGCUUCAGCCUGGAGUCCUGCCGCAGCAUGGUGAACCUCAUGGACCGUGAUGGCAACGGGAAGCUGGGCCUGGUGGAAUUCAACAUCCUGUGGAACCGCAUCCGGAAUUACCUGGCCAUCUUCCGGCAGUUUGACCUGGACAAGUCGGGCAGCAUGAGCGCCUACGAGAUGCGUAUGGCCAUCGAGGCUGCAGGCUUCAAGCUCAACAAGAAGCUGUACGAGCUCAUCAUCACCCGCUACUCGGAGCCCGACCUGGCCGUGGACUUCGACAACUUCGUGUGCUGCCUGGUGCGGCUGGAGACCAUGUUCCGCUUCUUCAAAGCUCUGGACACAGAUCUGGACGGCGUGGUGACCUUCGACCUGUUUAAGUGGUUACAGCUGACGAUGUUUGCCUGAGGUGGGCCCGACCCGGCUGCGCCCUCAUCCUCCCUCAUCUGCCAAGUCCCUCGGCCCCGCCCGGCUCGGACCUCCGCAGCUGCAGUGCCUUCCCGGGGCAGGGGCAGCCCCCUCCGGGCCCCCUCCCGGGCACCCCCACCCACACUCCGGCUCACCCUCUCCGGGCUCGGCUGGGGGCUCCUUGCCAGCCUGGGAGGUCUCUUGCUUGUUGGUGCCUCCACCGGGGAUGGGGAGCAGACAGCCCCCCACCCCGCUAUGUCCUUGCCUCACUGCAGAGUUCGCACUGGUGUCCCCGCAGACUUUCAACCACUAGCUCUGCCGUCUGCGGUCGGACCUGUGGCCCGCCUCCCUGGGGGGGCCCCAGCCUUGUCCUUUCUCUUGCAGAAACCAAUCACCGCUCAGCCCCUCAGCCUGUCCCCCUGUCCUGCCACUCCGAGCCCCGCCUGGACGGUGGGCAGGCUCCCCCCUUUUUUUAUAUUGGUAACUUUUAAGGGGACUCUUCAGGGACGAGUGUGCCCCGAGGCACUGGGGCAUGGGGUGGGGGGUCUCCUGUUUCCAUACAGAGAAACCCCAAGUAAUAAAAGAGAA